AUGUCGUUGGAAGAAGCUAGAAAUCUUGUAGGGAAGGAAGAUUAUGAGAAGGCUGAAGCGCAGUUCUUAGCAGUAUUGAACCAUCAAGAUGCCGCACAACCCCAAUCAAUUAGCAAUAAAGAUGCUCAAGAAAAGGAACAAUGUAUUCUUGAGCUAGGUCAAUUGUAUGGUACCACACAUCAGUUGAAGAAACUCGCCGAGUUUGUACCACGCUCUCGUGAAUACAUGAUGAAAGUAGCGAAAUCAAAGAUUGCCAAAGUUUUAAAGACGUUACUUAACGAUUUCGAAUUGAUACCCGAUUCCUUGGAUACCCAAAUCGAGAUAUGCGAAGAUUCGAUCGACUUUGCCACAAAGGAGAAGAGAAUCUUUUUAAAGCAUUCUCUAUCGAUUAGGUUGGCAACUCUUUACUACCAAAAGACGCAUUACAACGAAUCCUUGCAAUUGAUCAAUGAUUUGUUGAGGCAGUUUAAGAAAUUGGACGAUAAAUCGUCUUUGCUCGAAGUUCAUCUAUUGGAAUGUAAAGUGUACCAUAAAUUAAGAAAUUUGACUAAAUCAAAGGCUGCUUUGACAAGUGCUAGAACAUCCGCAAAUUCGAUUUAUUGUCCAACAUUGACAAUGGCAGAAUUGGAUUUAAUGAGUGGUAUCUUACACUGUGAAGACAAAGAUUAUAAGACUGCUUUCUCAUACUUUUAUGAAUCCUUUGAAGCCUUCCACAGCCAAACUGGCUCAAACACAUUCGGAAAAGCUUGUCAAGUGCUAAAGUAUAUGCUUCUUUCAAAGAUCAUGCUUAAUUUGAUUGAUGAAGUGAAAACUAUCUUGAACGCCAAAUAUACUAAGGAGACCUACCAAAGUCGCGGAAUUGACGCCAUGAAGGCAGUCGCUGAGGCUUAUAAUAAUAGAUCCCUACUGGAGUUCAAUACAGCAAUGCAAAAUUAUAAGACAGAAUUGAUGGGCGAUGAACUCAUUAGAUCACAUUUCAAUGCAUUAUACGACACCCUUUUGGAAUCAAAUCUUAGUAAGAUCAUCGAACCAUUCGAAUGUGUUGAAGUAUCGCAUAUCUCAAAGAUUAUCGGGCUUGAUGCUCAACAAGUAGAGGGCAAACUUUCACAAAUGAUUUUAGACAAAGUUUUCUUUGGUGUGCUUGACCAAGGAAACGGAUGGCUUUAUAUUUAUGAGACACCACAACAGGAUGCCACUUAUGAUUCUUCGUUAGAAUUGAUCAAUCAACUCAAUGGAGUUGUAGAACAACUCUUUGAAAAAGCCGCUGUAUUAUACUAA